CUCGGGGCCAAAGUCUUGGCGCCUCACACAGUCCCCGAGCGGCCACCUUUCCAGCUGUUCAGCAGCCGAAACAUCAACCUCCAAACCAUAACAACAUUAAUGCUUGCCACACCUCAACACGGCAUCCGCUGCCGUCCCCGAUAGCUAAUCUAGUAAUCCCGCCUACAAACACCACGUAAUGGCAGAAGACACCCCAUCAGAAGCUCCCGCCGCGCCGGCGACCACGACGACGACAACGUCAACCAAUGAAUCAGUCAACAAGUUCCAAAACGCCAUCUCGCAAUGGAGAAGUCUCGAUUUCACGAGCCUUGUCUCGACCCUCGACAACACAGCCUCCGAAAUCGUUGCCUACCAGCGAGACUCGACAGUACAGAGAAAAGACCUUGCGUCAAAGACCAAAGAAUUCCGAAAGCUGGAUGAUGCGAGCAAGCUUUCUGAAGUCAAGGGUUUGCUAAAGGCCUACCAGACGUUCAUUGAUCUUCUAACCAACCAUUCGAAAUCUGUCAACUCGGCCUUUUUGCACGCCUAUACCUCCCUAUCCGAAGCUCCCGAUCCGUACCCAUUGCUCGAGGCCUCGGUCGAUUCUAUGCUGGUGUCUGAAGACACCUUACCGAAGCUUAGUCAGGAGAACGAACACCUUCAGAAAACAGUGUCAAGCUUGACUACCCAGCUCGAAGAGACCGAAACGAGACUGCAAAUAGAGCGCGACUUGAGGAAGGGGUUGGAAGAGAACUUGGAGACCAAGGUCAAGGAGGUUGAGGCAUCCUGGACUGCGGUGCUGGAGGAGAAGCAGGACAACUGGGCUGCCAAGGAGAAGGCGUUGGAGGACAAGGUCGAGAACCAGGAUCGUCUUUUGAACGAGAUCAAGGCCAGCUAUGAAGUCAACCAGCGGUUGGGCAAGGGCAAUGGAGAAGAGGGUCAAGGGGGCCAUGUCACGAGCGCAGAGCUGGAGAUGGUGCACUCGGAUUUGGAGCGCACCAGCGCACGGCUUGCCGAGGUUGAGGCUCGCAACGAGCAGAUGAGGCUGGAGCUGGCUCAAGCCAAGUCACAGGUUCCUACACAAGCUGCAAUUUCAUUGGAAGACGACCCGGGGUAUAUGAGGAUGAGAUCAGAGAAUUCAUCACUUAUUCGAAAGCUGGAGGCGGCGCGCGUGGAUAAGGAAGGGCUCAAGCGAGGUCUCGAUACUAAACUGCGCGCUUUGGAGCGUGAAGUUGGCUUACUCAAAGAAGAGCGGGACAGUUUGAAGGCCAAGGUGCAAAAAUGGAGUGAUUAUGACGAAGUAAAGCAAGAGCUGGAAGUGCUGAAGAGCAUCGAGUUUGCCACUGGCGAUGAUGACGAAGUACGAGACAUGUCCACAGACCAGAGCGGCGGACAAGGCAAAGACACCCUUGAGCAGCUCCUUCUUGCGCGCAACAAGAAGCUGGGCGACGAACUCACCAUUCUCCGAGUGUCACACCAAGACCUUCAAUCCAGGCUCCAAAACCUCCAAGAGGAGCUCUCCCGGACCAAUGCUGAGCUGGAGAAGUCCCAGAACCUCAACGAAAAGCUCGAAAACGAGCUCUCGACCAUCCAAGCCGAGGCACCCAACGCGUUUCCUUCAGGCGCCUCCGUAGCAGGGACCUACGUCAGCCGUUACGCACCUUCAAUGGCGCCAGGCCGAAGACCAGGCGGAGGCAAUGGGCGCACCUCCCCCACCUCCUCCAUCAUCAGCGGGUUCAACCCCGGCGGAGGCGGCUUUGAAGACAGACCCACGGGCGGCAGCAGCGGCGGUGGCAUCCUACCCAUGAUCACGGCCCAGCGUGACCGCUUCAAGAAGCGCAACGCCCAGCUCGAGCAAGAACUAAACGAAACCCACAAAACGGUCUCGCAGCUCCGUCAGGAAAUCGCCGCUCUGCAACGCGACAAUUUGAAUCUCUAUGAGAAAACCCGCUACGUAUCUACUUACAACCGUGCCGGGCCAGCGGUGGGGGCUUUGACGUCGUCGUCAUCGGCCUAUUCCAACCCGAACCCAAGUUCGGUGUCUAUCGGUGGAGGAGGAGGGGGCGCACAAAGCCCGGGGAUAGCGCUGGACCGGUACCGCAAGGCGUACGAGUCUAAUAUCUCUCCGUUUGCGGCGUUUAGGGGGAGGGAGUCGGCGAGGGCGUAUAGGGGGUUGAGUUUCCCCGAGAGGGUGGUGUAUUCGGUCACGAGGAUGGUGCUGGCCACGAGGGCGAGCAGGAAUUUGUUUGCGGUUUAUUGUGUUGUUUUGCAUAUGAUGGUGUUUUAUAGCUUGUUUUGGAUGGGGACGGGGGAUGUGGAUAGGCGGGUUGUUGCGGCGGCGGCGGUGGAGGUUGCGAGGAAUUUGGGGGGUGCGGCGGAGGAUGUUGGGGAUGGAGGAGGAGGGGGGAGUGGAGGGGGGCCGGGGAGUUUGUCGGAACAGGGGUUUCAGACCUGAUGAUGGUGAGGUGGUGAUGGUGGGAAGGUUUGGUGAUCACUUUACAAGAGUCGGCGGUGUGGAUGCGAGUCUGCUGGCCGUGAGAAUGAACGACAGGCUGAUGACGUGUAUGUGUGGUAGUAUACACGCGUCACGAAUCUUUGGAUUUGAUCUUUAGACACCUUGAUAACAGCGAGAAUUGGCAUGCAAAUCACGGUUUGGCAAGUCCGGAGCCCAAGGACUUGGCUGCGGACUAUUGGGCCGAGGGCGGUUGCGGGAGGAAGAGGUGUGGUCGGUAGACUCCGGCGGGCGGCUGGAUGAUGCUCGGAACCGGGGAUUGGCUGUGUUGGAAGGCUUUCUUGGUUGCACUGCGGUUUAUGUGUGUGGGCCUGGAAAAGAUGAUGGGUGGCCUCAUGUGGCGUCGUACUGUUGUACCAUAUCAUUUUCCUUAACAAGUUGUGAAAAGGGAAGGAGGUUUGAUAAUGGGACGGUGGACGAAAGGUAGAAGAGAUAUGUUACCAUGUUGUAAUGAGUUUCUUGAGUAUGGUAACAAUUUAGACCAGAUUUGAAAGCUAGUG